GUCGAGUUUCGUGUUCCGUGGCCAGUAGCAAAAGAUCCGGCUCUUUUCUCGCCCAGUCUUUUGACGUUCGAAGAAAAUACACGGAUAAUUUUCACAAGGACUGUUUUCCGUGUUUUUUUCAACUGUGUUAUGUGAUUAGCGGUUAUUGUGAAUAAUUAGUAUAAAUCAGUUUCGACCUAACGUCACUCUUGACCCAAUUCUAUCGAGAAAAUGCCAGCACCGGCCGCUGAAAAUGGCGCUCCCAAAACGGAACUGCAGGAGCUCCAGCUCAAAGCCGGUCAGGUCACAGAUGAGUCGCUGGAGAGCACGAGACGCAUGCUGGCCCUUUGCGAAGAGAGUCACGAAGUCGGUAUGAAGACCCUGGUCAUGCUGGAUGAACAGGGCGAACAAUUGGAUCGAAUCGAAGAUGGCAUGGAUCAAAUCAAUACGGACAUGAGAGAGGCCGAGAAGAAUCUGACCGGGAUGGAAAAAUGCUGCGGGCUCUGCGUCCUACCCUGCCAGAAGGGCUCGUCGUUCAAAGAGGACGAAGGAACGUGGAAGGGAAACGAUGAUGGCAAAGUGGUGAACAAUCAACCCCAAAGGAUGAUGGACGAUCGCAACGGCAUGGGACCGCAGGGCGGAUACAUAGGAAGGAUAACUAACGAUGCCAGAGAGGAUGAAAUGGAGGAGAACGUUGGCCAGGUGAACACGAUGAUCGGCAAUUUGCGUAACAUGGCGAUCGAUAUGGGAUCGGAAUUGGAGAAUCAAAACAGACAGAUCGAUCGCAUCAAUCUCAAGGGUGAUUCGAAUGCGACGAGGAUAGAGGUGGCGAAUCAGAGGGCACACGAUCUUCUCAAGUAGACACAAAAAUAAACACUAAAAAGAAAAACACAGAAAUGUCGUUAUAUAUUUAUAUUUACUUAUAUAUAUUUAUAUAAACAGGGUGGUCAAAAUGUUUCGAUUUUAUUUUGACCACCGUGUAUAUUACGUAGAAGUUUUCUUGCCUAAACCGACGCGUUUCUUCCCGUUAAUUUUUGCUUUGAAAAAAUAACUUUUUCGGUAAUUAUCACCCGUAAAUGCACCGCUCCUGGUUCGGGAUAGAAAAGCGUCGGUUAACGGUUAUUAUUAACCGUAAGUUAUAAUUUUAUCCUACGGUUAAAUAAACAAAAAAAAAACGAACGUGAAAACGUUGAAAUGAUAUGAAAUAUUGAUGUUAGGGCGAGAGCAACGAAACACGCAUUGCGGUGGCCAAUCAACGCGCCAACAAACUCCUAAAAUCCUAAACUGGGGGGGUUACCCCUUCCUUAUAAAAAGAAAUUUGAUGGGGGACGAUUUAGUUGGAGAAAACGAAAAGAGUCGCCUUUUUUAUUAUUAUACAUUACUACUUUUCUCGAUGCUAUCGAGUAGUUUGCACUCGAAUGUUGUACUAGUUUUAAUAGAUUUUUUUUUUCAAAAUAGUACGUACAGGUUGGUUCAAAAUUUCGGAAACUCCUAACGAUGAUUUGUAAACGUCAAAAUCGCGGCACUCUCGAUGUAAUUACUUAAAUUGUUUGAGAGAUUCUUUUGUGGUUUUCCGAAUUUUUGUUUGCAUCCUGUAUAGACGCAUUAAAGCUACUUAUAUAGAUAUAUUAUAAAAAUGUGAGAUUUUAAGCAAUAAUGUUGAAAAACCGAUUUAUUUUCUAAUUGUAAUUUACAUUUUAGUAAUCAAACAAAUAGGAUUAAUUUCGUCGAUACAAAUACUAAAUAGUUUAUUAUUUUACAUUUAAUACGCAUUGUAUAGAGAUUUAUUAGAAUCUUUAAACGUUCUUCCGAGCAUUUAUACUUGUAGAGAUUUUUUUUGGAGUAAAAAUAAUCCCACAUAGUUUGCACAAACUAUUUUUUUUACAUUAUUUCGUAGGACAAAAAUAUAUACUACUUAAAAAAAUAAACUCUAAAUAUCCUUAGGAUUAGGCGUUUCAAAGGGUUGAUUUAAACGGUCGAUAUUCCGAUACCGAAUCGAUACUUCUAAUAAGACAAUCUAAUAAAAGUAUCGAAUCCCGACCUAUCGAAAUAUCCAUUUCAUUUAAGAAAUACGAAGCAAUAAAAAUUGUUAUUGAAUGAAUAUUUUUGUCCAUUUGUAGGCGUACAUUUAUCCGCCAUUUAAACUUAUUCUAACUGUAGGCUAUACGUAUUUAUCCUAUUGUAUUAUAGUAUAUUUAAUUCAACGUUCGAUAGUAAAACGAAUAAUAAUUUGUUACAAAGAUAUGUCGAAAGAGGUAUUUAUGAAAAAAGGUAUAUUCGAUUUAUUUUCGAACAUUAUACAGUGUGAGUCAUGAGAAACUGUACAUGCUUUUACAGUGUACUUAUACAAUUCCCCACGAUUCACCCUGUAUAGUAAUUAAUUGACUUUUUCCUAUAUUGUAAUUUCCCUUCUGAAUGUUACUAGUUCACGUUUAUUCGGCGGAAGUGAAUCGUUAAUUAAAUAUGUUAAAAGUGUUGUUAAUUAAACGCGAAAAAAUAGUAAAUAAAUAAAGAAUUGCGAAUUAUUAUGUAAAUAUUAUAUAGAUUGACUUGUAUGUAAGUGUAAAUAUUAUUACCCGAUAGUGCACUAGUAACAUUGCAAUCGCAAUUGUCCAGAAAGAGAUGAGAAGAAUGCCUAAUUUUUGUAAUUUACUGUUAAGUGCAAUUAAUUUUUGUGUAUUUUUUCGAGUUUUUUCUUCUUGUUUUGUUCAGUGGGAAAGGAAGAAUAAAUGCCGUUUAAAUAAAAAUUCGGAUAAAAAGCUUUUUUGAUGAACAAGAAAAAUAAAUGUUACUGUGAUUUAGUCAUAUCUUAAUUGACUUUAUAUAUUUUACCUUCCGUAUUUAUCUAAGAGGGCUUAUUUAUUAUUAUGUACAGUGUCUACUUUGACGUACUUAACUAUGAAAUAGUAGUUCAGAUGUUGUAGAUCAAACGAUCAGUAGGUCAGGUGAUAUUACUUAAGGAAAAAAAUGGAGGCUGUUUCGCAUCACGAUACGUUUUAAACGAUUAAUUUUUCAUUAUAACGUUAUAAAUAUUUAAUUCGCGUUUUUUGGUGUAGUUCUAGUCGCUUCUAUUUUAGGCUUAGUGAUUAUUGCGCAUUAUUCUAGUUAUAACAGUAGUUGUUUGAGAUUACAAUAAAAUAUAUU